UGGGGAGCUGCCGUGGGGGCCCCGCGCUUUGCCAUCGAGAUUCCCCCUUCUGUUAAGCAGGCUGUCUUACUGUCGUGGAAUGUAUCUGCGCAUGAAACUAGGAUGCCUUGAAAGAAUUACGCAUUUCCUCUUGGAAAAAUGCAGCUGCUAUUGGAUGCCCUGUGACUGAGGAGCCAAGGUUUGACUUCAGUACUAUGCCUUUGGAGAUGGAGCCCAAAAUGAGCAAACUGGCCUUUGGGUGUCAGAGAAGUUCCACCUCCGACGAUGAUUCUGGCUGUGCACUGGAGGAGUAUGCCUGGGUACCCCCAGGCCUUAGGCCGGAGCAGAUCCAGCUCUAUUUUGCGUGCUUGCCGGAGGACAAAGUCCCUUAUGUUAACAGUCCUGGAGAGAAACAUCGGAUUAAACAGCUUUUGUACCAGUUGCCACCACAUGAUAAUGAGGUGCGGUACUGCCAGUCUCUGAGUGAAGAGGAGAAAAAGGAGUUGCAGGUGUUCAGUGCUCAAAGGAAGAAAGAGGCUUUGGGAAGAGGAACCAUCAAGCUCUUGUCUCGAGCAGUGAUGCAUGCUGUGUGUGAGCAGUGUGGCUUAAAGAUAAAUGGAGGGGAAGUUGCAGUGUUUGCCUCUCGAGCGGGCCCAGGAGUGUGCUGGCACCCAUCCUGUUUUGUCUGCUUCACAUGUAAUGAGCUACUGGUCGACCUCAUCUAUUUUUAUCAGGAUGGAAAACUUCACUGUGGCAGGCACCAUGCUGAACUGCUCAAACCACGGUGCUCGGCAUGUGAUGAGAUAAUUUUUGCAGAUGAGUGCACAGAAGCUGAGGGUCGGCACUGGCACAUGAAACACUUCUGCUGCCUCGAGUGUGAAACGGUCCUUGGAGGACAGAGGUACAUCAUGAAGGAUGGCCGCCCUUUCUGCUGUGGCUGCUUUGAGUCUCUGUAUGCCGAGUACUGUGAAACCUGUGGGGAGCAUAUCGGUGUGGACCACGCACAGAUGACCUAUGAUGGGCAGCAUUGGCAUGCCACUGAGGCCUGCUUUUCUUGUGCCCAGUGUAAGGCCUCUUUGUUGGGAUGUCCCUUCCUUCCCAAACAAGGUCAGAUUUAUUGCUCAAAGACCUGCAGCCUUGGUGAGGACGUCCAUGCCUCGGAUUCUUCGGACUCUGCGUUCCAGUCAGCCCGGUCAAGAGACUCCAGAAGAAGUGUCCGGAUGGGCAAGAGCAGUCGCUCUGCAGAUCAGUGCAGACAGUCUUUGCUCCUGUCCCCUGCACUGAACUACAAGUUCCCAGGCCUUUCCGACAAUGCUGAUGACACCCUCUCUCGAAAGCUGGAUGAUUUGAGUCUCUCCAGGCAGGGAACAGGGUUUGCUAAUGAAGAAUUCUGGAAAGGCCGAGUAGAGCAGGAAGCCCCUGAGACCCCUGAAGAAUGGGCUGAGCAUGAAGACUAUAUGACUCAGCUCCUCCUCAAGUUUGGAGACAAAAGCCUCUUUCAACAGCCCAGUGAAAUGGAUAUUAGAGCCAGUGACCACUGGGUAUCUGAUAACAUGGUGAAAAAUAAGACUGAUUUAAAGCAAAAUCACCAGAGCCUGGCAAGUAAAAAAUACCAAUCUGAUAUGUAUUGGGCCCAGUCACAAGAUGGGUUGGGGGAUUCUGCAUAUGGCAGCCAUCCAGGCCCUGCCAGCAGCCGAAGGCUACAGGAAUUGGAUCUGGACCACGGGGCUGUGGGAUACAGUCAUGACCAGACACAGUGGUAUGAAGACUCCCUGGACUGCCUGUCAGACUUGAAACCAGAGCAGAGUGUUCGGGAUUCUAUGGAUUCUUUGGCUUUGUCCAAUAUCACAGGGGCGUCAGUGGAUGGAGAAAGCAAGCCAAGACCAUCAUUAUAUUCCCUACAAAACUUCGAGGAGAUAGAGGCAGAUGAGUGUGAGAAAAUGAGCAACAUGGGGACUUUAAAUUCUUCCAUGCUGCACAGGAGUGCGGAGUCCUUAAAGAGUCUGAGUUCAGAGUUGUGUCCAGAAAAAAUCAUGCCUGAAGAAAAGCCAGUGCACCUGCCAGUGCUCAGGAGGUCCAAGUCUCAAUCCAGACCACAGCAAGUCAAGUUCUCAGACGAUGUCAUUGACAAUGGAAGCUAUGACAACAUUGAAAUUCGACAGCCUCCGAUGAGUGAAAGGACUCGGAGACGGGUCUACCACUUUGAAGAGAGGGGGUCCAGACCUCACCACCAUCGCCGCAGGAGAAGUAGAAAGUCCCGCUCUGACAAUGCCCUGAACCUGGUCACCGAAAGGAAGUACUCUCCCAAGGACAGACUGCGGCUUUAUAUCCCUGACAACUAUGAGAAGUUUAUACAGAAGAAAGGUGCUCGGGAUCUCCAAGCGUACAUGCAGAAUGCUGACCUCUAUGGCCAGUAUGCCCAUGCCACGUCUGAUUAUGCCCUGCAGAACCCAGGAAUGAACAGGUUUCUGGGGCUCUAUGGUGAGGAUGAUGACUCCUGGUGUUCCUCUUCCUCUUCCUCCUCCGACUCAGAGGAGGAGGGUUACUUUCUGGGACAACCAAUCCCUCAGCCUCGGCCACAGAGAUUCACCUACUAUACAGAUGACCUUUCUAGUCCAACCUCCAUAUUGCCCACCCCACAGUUUAGUCAGAGGACAACUAAAUCCAAGAAGAAAAAGGGACACAAGGGCAAAAACUGUAUCAUUUCUUAACCGAGUAGUGAGGGAGAUAAUUUGUUUAAAACUUAGCCAUUUCCCCUGGACUCUUCCCUUUAUUCUUCCAUAGGAAAGUUGCUAACAUAGUUAAAAGUGCUUUCUUGACCCAUGUAAAUGAGACCCCUCCUGCUGUUUAUUAUGUCAGAUGAACAUGUUGAAGGUGUGAUUUCUUCAGAUUACCUUCCUGAGGUGGUGCCUAAUUAACAUGGUAGCUUGUGCCCGUGGCAGGUGCAUUACAGUUUCAUACUGCUGUGUGGGUCUCCACUCUUAAACAGGAUACUCAAGAAACUGUCACAAGGUGGUCUGCAUAAUGUAUCCAUUUGAGAAGAUGGAGCAUUCUAGUCACCUUUGUAAAGCAGUACUGUUUGUCAUUAUUAAGUCAUGUUGGCUCAGGUCCUGAUUGGUCUGUCUUCUGUGAGGCAUGCACAGUGCCCUGACCUAUUGUUUGAGGCCAACUUAUCCCCUUCAGCCCUCAUUAGCCAGGUAAACAUUAUAUUGUAUUAGUUUCAGCUACAGAUUGAAAAAAAGUGCUAUUUAUAAGGUAGUAUUUCAUAGACUUAAGUGUAUUCCUAAUUUAACAGUGCAAAUAUGAAUGUAUAUACUGUACAGUUCAGAUUUUAAAACUGAUAUUUUUAUAUCCCUGAAUUGCAAGAUGUUUGUUACACUGCCAUGGUAGAUUUGUUAGAAAAUCAGAAACAGCAUUGAUGGAUGAAGUGAAAUGAUUGCUUGUAUUUUAGUCAGGGUUUAUAAGUUUAGACAGUCAAAUUUACAUAACCUAGUGAUGGAAAGUUGUUUGGGUUUUUUUUCUUUGAUUUUUCAAUAUUAAAAAGGCUCUGUAUGCAUGAUGGGGCUAUGUAAAUACUUGUUACUAUGGCCCUCUUAAUCUUAUGAGUGUUAUUUAUAGGUCAAGCAAUGUAAACUGUAUAAAUGUAAAAACAAACAGAACAACCCACAGACCCCUGGAAUAUAUGGUCAAACUAAGGAGAAACUGUCUGGAUGUUUCUCCCAGAGCUGGGGUAGGGUGGUGUACCUUCCCGCUCUCAGCAGGGAAUGAUCAUGAGUCCAAAAUACCAGACCAGCUUGUUGUGACAGAGGGCUAUGCAGACUUACGUGUGAAAAGAAGCGAUUCCUGCCAAGCUCACUGUUGACCUUUCAGAGCAGUUCUGAAAACAGUUUCCAGUUCGGUUUUCUUUUAAAAUCUUUAAGUAAGGAUGCUACUGAGCACAUCAGGCUCAGGUGGCUGUAGUUCAAGGGAGAAUGAUGUUGGAUUUGAAUGAUGAGCAGAUAGUCUGAUAUGUGCUGUUCUUGCAUUUACAUCUUGGUCCUAACCAAAGGUCCUGGUGGCAUACUGGGCCUUUCAAGGAGGUAUUUAAUAAGAGCUUAAUAAACAAUAAACUACCUUUCUGAA